AUGACGACUCAUCUCUACCUCGGUGUGGUGCUCUUGGCUCUUUUCGCAGCACCCGUUGAAAACAACGCAGAUAUCAAAGUCGUCUGUGCAAAAGGCUCCGUGAACAUCAAAUGGAUGAUCAGCGAGGAGUUGGUGCCGCAUGCAGCCCGUUUCUUCCUGGGAACCUGCAUGCCCUCCCAUUUGACCGUGCUGCCCACCGGAGAGGGCGAGGUCGUCUUCAACUACAAAUUAGCAGACUGCAGAUUUAAAAGACUGAUGAAAGGUAAAAAUGUCAUCUUUCAAAAUGAGCUGACUUUCAGGCCACAGCCGAGGUCCAAACCGGCUGCCUUCGUGUAUCCCAUCGAGUGCGUUUAUAAAAGACCCGACGGAUGGAUUCCAGCUUUCCUGAACCCUGGGUUUGGUGUUUCUGAAGGCCGAGGCAGUCUAGUUUUCCACAUGGCGCUGCUCAAUGCUGAACUAACAAGUAUAGCAAAGACGAAUGUUGUCCCGCUGGGCUCCUUCAUGCCGAUAUGGGCGGCGGUGGAACAGAAGUCCCAUCAACCCUUGCUGCUGCUCAUAGAGGAAUGCGUGGCGACCGCUUCCCCAGAGCUGCAUCGUGGCAGCCAGGUUCACCCCAUCAUAUCCAAUAAGGGAUGUCUUCUAGAUAGCAAGAGGGGAAACUCUAUGUUCCUCCCUCGAUACCAGUCGUCUGCUCUCACCGUUUACCUGCAGGCCUUCCAGCUAGUCGUUGGCCAGGAGGUGUACAUUCACUGUAAACUGGUUGCAUGGGAUCCUGAGAAGUUUGACGAAAGCAAGAAAGCCUGCCAUUACACGAAGGAAAGCCAGAGUUGGGAACUACUCGAUGACCCCUCUAUGAGCGGCGUCUGUAGCUGCUGUGACUCGACCUGCAAGUCCCGCAACAAGAGAGGAGUUGACUGGGAAACCAAUGCCUUUAGUCACCAUUCUGUGUUGGGACCCCUCAUCAUCAUAGAUCCGUCUGCCAACAACGUCUCAGGAGGCCCGGUCUAAGUUGACGGCGACUCUCUGAUGGCGCUCGACAGGCGCAGAUGACCUCUGCCCCUGACUCACGGAGACACUGGGAC